UCGUACCAGUCAAUGCGUGCGUUGUAUUGGUUAUUAAAUAGCCUGUAUGACAUCUGACUGUCUGUGGUUAGCUUCCGUUGUAGUGCAAGGAUCGGCUACAGUCUGUAUCAUCGAUGUAAUUGUAGCUCGACUUCAUCUGUAACGUUACUAUAGCACUACGUGUCAUUUCAAACUCUAUCUACUAUUAUCAGCCGGUUUCUAACUGAGGUUAUUCAGUCUAAAUAUUGAACUGACAACGGGAUGAAAUAAUGGAGAAAGAUGUCUGUAGUCACUGCCUAUCUUCACUGACGUUAGCUGUUUACUAAUACAGUGAGAUGUGAUUUUGGGCCCUGUCUACUCUGCGUUAUAGUCAAUGUACAAGGAAGGGUUUCCAGAGACUGGGAGCACUUCCUGCCAUCACCUCCCCCGAUCAUCAUCCUCAGGGUGGAUUUGAAGAUGUAGCCAAAAGUGAAGUGGGUCAUCUUUGCAGUACCUCACCGUUCCUGCCCAGGCUUAAUCAGUGACUUCUCACCUCCACCCUCUGCCCCCCCGAAGUCUGGGGCACUUUGGCCCCCAACGUGGGCUGCUUGUGCGUGACUCUGCCGCCCUUAUUCAGUACGUCCCUGGUUGAAGACCCUUCUGUCCUCAGCUAUGCUGUUCUCCCUGAGGGAACUGGUCCAGUGGCUGGGCUUUGCCACCUUUGAACUCUUCCUCCACCUGCUAGCCUUUCUGGUCUUCAGCAUGCUGGUCGCCCUGCGAGCUGACAUGUUCACCCCCACGCUGAGCUGGUGGCUGGUGUUUGUCCCGCUGUUUGCCGCCGAUGGCCUCAGCACCUACUUCACGGCCAUCGUGUCCAUCCGGCUCUAUCAGGAGAAUGAGAAGCGCCUUGCGGUGCUGCGGCUCCUCUGGGUGCUGACGGUGCUCAGCCUGAAGCUGGUGUGCGAGGUGCUGCUGUGCCAGAAGCUGGCGGAGCAGGAGCAAGCCAGGGACCUGUGGUUUGGCCUCAUCGUCUCGCCGCUGUUCAUCUUGCUGCAGCUGCUGAUGAUACGAGCGUGCCGCGUCAACUGAGGGGAGGCGAUUAGUGGUUGUUCACAUCACCGACAACACAGAAACAAAGAGCAAUCUUCAUCUGCCAUUAGAGAUUUAAAGCAUAACAAUGGUGUCAUUUAUUUUUUGGCUCAUUGCUACUUAAAUGAACAAAUGUCAAUUUUUCAUUCACGUUUCCUGGUCCAGAAUAGAGUUUCUAUACAUUGGUGUUUCUAAUAAGCUACGAAAUGAACACACUGCUCGCUUAAGUUAUAAUGCAGUAUUUCUCUCCCCAGAAGAAUGGAGGCUAUUGUAUAGCAGUGCCGUGAUUUUGUAAUGACAAUAAUAAGGGAACCAAACUUUUAAACUUUUUGACAUCUAGUAUAAACAUGCAUAAUGGUACCCAUUGCUAAAGUAAACCUCGAGUUGAUUUUGAAGACUGAAUGGAAGUGAAUUGUAGCGAGACAAUGAAUAUCAAUAAAAUUAUUGUUUUUCUGAGCCCCGUUACAUCGGGGUGGAUUACUGCUGUUCGCUUUCGAUACUGUUAGGAAUACAAAGAGUCAGCAGUAAAUCUGUAUUUGGGACAUGAUGUGCCUUUACAUUGUGCAAUCAAUGUUAGACAAUGAGCCAUGAGGAAAAUGUAUACCAGAGUUAUGUUUUAAUGCACGUGUGCACAGUGCACGUGUAAAUAUAAUAAACAGGUGAAACCCAAAGGCUGCAAUGCCCCAGACACCUUUUUGGGCAACUGUUGUGGGUAACAGCUCAAUAAGUUGCUGCACCACCUUUGAUGCUUUUCUCCCCCCUAUAGGAAGACAUUGCUUGCCAGCACAAUUUGGUUAUGUUUAUUAUCAUGUGUCUCACUUUGUUGCCUGUUAGAAGAAGUGUUGCUCACACAAUUCCCCCCCCCCUUCCCCCCCCCACAAGUUGCCUAGCUUGUAUCAAUGAGAACGGUCUGAACAGCAAGAAGCUGUUUCUGAAACUUGUUGUCGGCUCAUAGUCUCACCCCAAAUGUAGAAGAACUGAAUGUGAUUUCUGCCAAGCAGUCAGUUGUGUGCACACGUCUUCCCUGUAUAUUGCUGUUUAUUUGUACAAUAUGUAAUGUAUUUGAUCUGAGUUUGAUCCUUCCUUGUGUAUGUACUGCAUGUGUUUAAGGUCUCUUUUAAAGGUAAUUCCCAAUGUCAUAUUUUGGGUAAUAUGUUGAUUUUGGAAAGAAAUUAGUGGAAUGUUAUUUAUGUUCUCAUGCUUUUGUUAUGGCACUCCUAUGGUCAUCUGUACAUAUGUGUAAAUAAACCAUCAACAUUCA